CUGGAGAGAGCAGGGAGAGGGGGGAGCGCCGAGCUAGUCAGAGAGUGAGCGAGAGCGAGAAGGAGGGAGAGGAGGAGAAAGAGAGCGAGGGCGGGCGGGAGGCGGCGGCGGCGGCGGCAGCAGCAGCAGUAAUAGCAGGAGCAGCAACAGAAGGCGUCGGAGCGGGCGUCGGAGCUGCCCGCUGUGGGAGAGAGAGGAGAAAGAGCUAGCGAGGAGAGGGAGCCCGAGACGAAAAAGUAACUGUCAAAUGCGCGGCUCCUUUAACCGGAGCGCUCAGUCCGGCUCCGAGAGUCAUGGCGACCGCAGCGUCUAACCACUACAGCCUGCUCACCUCCAGCGCCUCCAUCGUGCACGCCGAGCCGCCCGGCGGCAUGCAGCAGGGCGCGGGGGGCUACCGCGAAGCGCAGAGCCUGGUGCAGGGCGACUACGGCGCGCUGCAGAGCAACGGACACCCGCUCAGCCACGCUCACCAGUGGAUCACCGCGCUGUCCCACGGCGGCGGCGGCGGGGGCGGCGGCGGCGGCGGGGGGGGCGGGGGCGGCGGCGGGGGCGGCGGCGACGGCUCCCCGUGGUCCACCAGCCCCCUGGGCCAGCCGGACAUCAAGCCCUCGGUGGUGGUGCAGCAGGGCGGCCGUGGCGAUGAGCUGCACGGGCCAGGCGCCCUGCAGCAGCAGCACCAGCAGCAGCAACAGCAACAGCAGCAGCAGCAGCAGCAACAGCAGCAGCAGCAGCAGCAACAGCGGCCGCCGCAUCUGGUGCACCACGCCGCUAACCACCACCCGGGGCCCGGGGCAUGGCGGAGCGCGGCGGCUACAGCGCACCUCCCACCCUCCAUGGGAGCGUCCAACGGCGGCUUGCUCUACUCGCAGCCCAGCUUCACGGUGAACGGUAUGCUGGGCGCCGGCGGGCAGCCGGCAGGGCUGCACCACCACGGCCUGCGGGACGCGCACGACGAGCCACACCAUGCCGACCACCACCCCCACCCGCACUCGCACCCGCACCAGCAGCCGCCGCCCCCGCCGCCCCCGCAAGGUCCGCCUGGCCACCCAGGCGCGCACCACGACCCGCACUCGGACGAGGACACGCCGACCUCGGACGACCUGGAGCAGUUCGCCAAGCAGUUCAAGCAGCGGCGGAUCAAACUGGGAUUUACCCAAGCAGACGUGGGGCUGGCUCUGGGCACCCUGUAUGGCAACGUGUUCUCGCAGACCACCAUCUGCAGGUUUGAGGCCCUGCAGCUGAGCUUCAAGAACAUGUGCAAGCUGAAGCCUUUGUUGAACAAGUGGUUGGAGGAGGCGGACUCGUCCUCGGGCAGCCCCACGAGCAUAGACAAGAUAGCAGCGCAAGGGCGCAAGCGGAAAAAGCGGACCUCCAUCGAGGUGAGCGUCAAGGGGGCUCUGGAGAGCCAUUUCCUCAAAUGCCCCAAGCCCUCGGCCCAGGAGAUCACCUCCCUCGCGGACAGCUUACAGCUGGAGAAGGAGGUGGUGAGAGUUUGGUUUUGUAACAGGAGACAGAAAGAGAAAAGGAUGACCCCUCCCGGAGGGACUCUGCCGGGCGCCGAGGAUGUGUACGGGGGGAGUAGGGACACGCCACCACACCACGGGGUGCAGACGCCCGUCCAGUGAACUCGAGCGGGGGGAGGGGCAGAGCGCGGGGCUCCCCCUCCCCUUUGGUCCUUGGCCCUUUCCCGGCCCUCUUGUUCCCUCUCUAACUUCUGAUUGUUCUUUUAUUUUUAAUUAUUAUUUCCCCGUCCCUUAAAAAGAAAAAAAAAAUAAGGAAAAAGGAAAGCAACUAAGACACUGGACUAUCCUUUAAAGGUAGCAGGUGUAAUGAUGUGUUUUGACCUUUGCAGACGAGUAACCAGGCAAUGGAGUGGAGUGUCUCCUGGAGAGAGUGAGGAGAGUGUGUGAUAGAUAGAAAGAGAGAGAGAGAGAGAGAUGGCAAGCACUGAGAUAAAUACCUGGCAAAACUAAAUAAAUUACCAAAAAGGAAAAAAAUAUCCACCAAACCAUGAUAAACACAAGACGCAGCUUCCUGAUGCUUGGAGUUGGCACAUGCUGCUGUGUUUAUUUGAUGUGGAUUCCCAUCAGGAAAGAGGAAAAAAUACACACGUUCUUUGAUAUAGGCAAAAUUUAACUACAUAAAUUUGCACUGCAAGAAAAUUGAAGUUUACAUGAACAAAUUCAUGAACAUAUUUUCUCUUUCUCCCCACCGUUAAUUUGGGAAUUGCCGUUUUGGGGGAUUUUGUUUUGCUUUGCUUUAUUCAUCGGAGAGAGUUGAAGCCAGCUCUUGGCUUCUCUCCAUUUCUUAUGUUCUUGUGUUGCCUCUUAUUCGUACUGUUCGUGAACUUUGGUUACCUUCAGAUUCCCCUUGCAAGGGUGUAACAUCUAUUUGUUCCUCUUACCAAAGCAAAACGAUUGGCUUCAUACAAAAUAGACAAUUCUCUGCUUUCAGGAAAUGUGCGUGGUCUACCCGCUUUAUCCAAGGCAAGAAUCCAGUUUGGAAUAUAAAAAUAAGCAUUGGUUGUUGUUACCAGCCACAAAGUAAACUUCAUUUUCAGGCAGUGUUUCUGGGGGAGGUUAUGGAGGGAAGAAAAAAGAAAAAUCGAUAGUGAGUGACUGAUUGCUUCAUUUUAUCAGGCGGGCCCAUUGUGAAAGAGCUCAGAGGAAAUGUGGAGGUUAAAUAUAUUUCCAGAGUUGUCCAGCAGAAAGAAAGUGGCACUUUGAAGAGAACUAGGGAAGUAUAUAUCUUCAGAUAUCCCUAUAUAGUUCUCUACCUUCAGUUUUAGUAAGAAUUAUGAAGAAUUCUUUGUGCUGACAGCAGCAGUUAAACUUUGUUUCUCUAAUAAGCUUUUUUUUUUUACAUAAAAAAGGACCCAAGAACUUAAUAGUGUAUGCAUAAGACUGUGUUUUUCAGCACACAAAUACCCACAGCAUACACAGACGAUCUCCACGCAGUAGACACGUUUUGUCUUCACUAGCUCAUUUGUUUAUCAAGUCAUAUUUAGGGUCCCACGCCCUCUUUUCCUGUAAUUUAUUGCAGAAUAUACCACUUUGACUUGGACAGCUUUCUCCCCCCUCUUUCACUAAGGAAGGCAAAUGAAGGGGGAAAAAAUGCCAUUUUCAAUCCUUCCUUUCUCCCCUUUGUUAAUAGUUUUAAGUGCAUUUUUGACCUUAUCUUGAUGGAAAACGGUUAACUCCAAACACAAAAGACUCUACUGGAAAGUGUAGGUGAAAAAACUUGUAACUGUAUUGAAAAUAAAUACCAUUAAACUGUGAUCAGUUAAAAUUUAAAAGAAAAAUCAGCACAAAAGGGCGCUAAAAGGGAAAACACUUUUUAUUAAUCUUAAAAGUUUGGGGGUUUUUUUCCAGUUAGGUAUUAGAUAAAUUUUUAUUUUAAAAAAUGAAAGUCUCACUACCAUAAAAUUAUGGUUCAGCAUCAGAUUAGCAUUGCACUCAGUCUUUAAGGUUUUAGGAAAUACGCUUUAUAUUGUCUUUUCAAACACCUGUGAUUGUUUCAUUUUCAAUGUUUUUGCAAGAUAAAUGGUGACUUAUAAUGGGCAUAUUUAUUUGCCUGUAUUUCAUUUCCCCCAAUGAAUGUCACAAGGAGAUGGGCACGGAGCUGCUUCGGGUACAUCACGCUGCUUGUUCCUGAGGUAUGGGGACUGGCCUUUAGUGAAGCUAUCCAGAGCAGGGCAAAUAGCCACUGGUGAAGGGAGGAAAUGAAUUUUCAGAUACUUAUUACCAAGUAGGUAAGGUCAGAAGCUGGAGUUCAGAGGAUGUAUCUACAGCUUCUCUGACUCUUAUAGGUUUACUAAGAUGAAAGUUACCACUGAACCUUACCACUAUGUAUAUAUGUUUAAUAUCUGUCUUUUGAAAUGCAGAAAUAGUUUAAAUGUUUCUUUGUCUAUUUUUCUUUUUUUUAAUGCUACCCAGGGAAAUAUUUUCAUAUCAUUUUUAAGUGGCCUGCCUCAAUGUAUAUUUAUUUCUUUUGAAGCAAAAAGGUUCUGGAAACUGUUUUUCUGUAGCUUUAAAUGAAUAGGUGAGCAAAAUCUAUAUGGGAUGUAAUUUUUUUGUUCAGUCUCUUAAAAAAUACUUUGUUUUUGGUACAUUUGGUUGUGCUUGUGGGGAAAAUAAAAACGCAGAGAUCCUUAUAUAUUUAUGUUAAAGUAAUAUUUUAUUAUCUACAUAAAACAGAAAUGCACAAUA